GUGAAGAUGCUCCUUCCCUUCCGAGCAACAGUCCAGCCCGCAUGCCCUCCACUUCUUCCUCCGCCUCUUGUUCUCCCACCAGAGUGCCAGCCUACCCGCUUCUUCCCUGCUGCGUUACGGGAAGAACUUGCGCAGCCGGAGCUGGCGCAGCUCGGAUGAGACGGGAGGAGCGGAGCGGAGAGGAGACGCGAGGGCUCCGGAGCACCAGCCUCUCUAUCGCGGAUCAGUGGAGAAGUACGCAUCGGAAUGGGUGCGCGGACAGAAGGACGUUUCCUCUUCAUCGCAGGCCUCCUGCUCCUCCUGCGUGGCACCGCGUCAGUGGUCUCCAAAGGUACCACAGGCGCUCAAUCUGACACCUUGCCCUCUGCGCAGGGCACUCUGCCGCACUUCAUCCAGGAGCCAGAAGAUGCCUACAUUGUCAAGAGCAACCCCAUCAAACUGCGCUGUCGAGCCACGCCCGCCUUACAGAUCUUCUUCAAAUGCAAUGGGGAAUGGGUUCACCAGAACGAGCACAUGGCCCAAGAGUACAAGGACUUAAACACCGGGCUGAAGGUGCGUGAGGUGAUGAUCAACGUAUCCCGCCAGCAGGUGGAGGAUUUUCACGGGCCUGAAGACUACUGGUGUCUCUGUGUGGCCUGGAGCCACCUCGGCACCUCCAAGAGUCGCAAGGCAACUGCGCGCAUCGCUUACCUGAGGAAAAACUUCGAGCAGGAUCCUCAGGGGAAGGAGGUGCCAAUCAACGGGAUGAUCGUUCUGCACUGUCGCCCUCCGGAGGGAGUGCCAGCGGCGGAGGUGAAGUGGCUGAAAAAUGAGGAAGUAGUGAGUUCCUUGACUGAUGUCAAUAUCGACACGCGAGCCGACCACAACCUCAUCAUCAACGAGGCUCGUCUGUCCGACUCGGGCAACUACACGUGUCUGGCCAGCAACAUCGUGGCGAAGAGACGCAGUGCCACAGCCAGUGUGGUAGUCUUUGUGAACGGAGGCUGGUCCCUGUGGACGGAGUGGUCGCCCUGCAACGUUCCAUGUGGGCGAGGUGUCCAGAAGCGAUCCAGAACCUGCACCAACCCGGCCCCUCUGAACGGUGGGGCCUUCUGCGAGGGCAUGUCUGUGCAGAAGAUAACGUGCAACGCACUCUGUCCAAUAGACGGAGGCUGGGACAGGUGGAGCAGAUGGACAGAGUGCACCAGCCAGUGUGAAAGGCAACGGAGCCGGGAAUGCAACUCUCCAGCGCCCAGACACCGAGGCAAGACGUGUGAAGGAAACGGCGAGGCCACGGAGAACUGCACAGAUGGACUGUGUACACAGAAUCGAAAGCUGCUACAUGAUGUUAAACCUCAAAGUAUGGAGAACUCCAACGAUGUGGCUCUGUACUCCGGCCUCGGGGCCGGCAUCAUUGCUGUAGCAGUCCUGGCGGUGGCGGUCCUGUUGUACAGAAAGAACCACAGCGAGUACGGAGUGGACGUCAUCGAUUCCUCGGCCCUCACGGGGGGUUUCCAGUCUUUCAACUUCAAGACUACCAGACAAGGCAACCCGCUGCUUCUCAACUCCUCGAUGCAGCCAGAUUUAACAGUGGGACAGACAUACAGCACUGCACUCUGCUUCCACGACGGCACAGACAAGGAGCUCUUCGACCCCCUCCCAGACAUCAAGGUCAAAGUUCAGAGCUCCUUUAUGGUUUCCUUAGGAGUGGCGGAGCAUGCAGAGUUCCACGCCAAGACGCCAGCCGAAUACAGCACCGCCGUGGACGGACGCAAGCCAGGCCUGCUCACGCUCAACGGGCCUUUCGGCGGCGGCACGGAGCAGAGCAGGACGAGCGGCAUGUUCGGCCGCCUCGGAGGGCGACUGGUGGUGCCCAACGCAGGGGUCAGCCUGUUGGUGCCUCAUGGAGCCGUGGCUGAAAAUAUGUCCUGGGAGAUGUACAUGGUGAUCAAUCAGGGAGAGGCAAGUAUCCAAACACUGGAAGGCUGUGAAAUCCUCCUGGGCCCAGAAGUGACAUACGGUCCUCCAGGGCUGGACCUCUUCUGCCCAGCUGCCAUGACCAUCGCCCACUGCGCUGAAGUGGACGCCGAGAACUGGAACUUUCAGCUCAGGAGGAAAACUCAGGACAGUAAAUGGGAGGAAGUGAUGUCAGUGGACGAGGAGUCCACUUCCUGUUACUGCCUCAUGGACUCGAGCAGCUGUCACCUGCUGCUGGAGCAGCCGGGCUCGUACGCCCUGGUGGGCGAGCCGCUGACGCAGGCUGCUGUCAAGAGGCUGAAGCUGGCCGUGUUCGGGAGCAUGGAGACCAGCUCCAUCAGCUACAGCCUGCGGGUUUACUGCGUAGACGACACGCCACACGCCUUUCAGGGAGUGGUGGCUGCAGAGAGAACCAGAGGGGGUCAGCUCCUCGAGGAGCCAAAGAUGUUGCCUUUCCAAGCGAACACCUUCAGCCUCCAGGUGUCCAUCCAGGACGUUCCCCAGUUCCUGUGGAGCAUCAAACCCUUCACCACAUGUCAGGAAUUCUCCUUUGCCCAAGUGUGGUGCAGCAACCAGCAGCCCCUGCACUGUGCCUUCUCCCUGGAGAGAUACAGCCCUGCCGCCGCCCAGCUCUCCUGCAAAAUCAGCGUGCGGCAGGUCAAAGGCCACGAGCAGAUUCUGCAGGUCUACACGGCCGUGGCCGAGGGUGAAAAGGAGCCGGUUCCAUUUUUUAUGCAGACAGACUGCAGCGUCACGUCCCAAUCGGGGCCCAAGGCUUUCAAAAUCCCCCUGUCCAUUCGGGAGAGGAUCUGCGCCACCUUCGACACUGCCAACGCCAAGGGCAAGGACUGGCAGCUCUUAGCCCAGAAACUUCACUUAGACCGGAACCUGGGCUACUUUGCAAAGCAGCGCAGUCCGUCCGCCGUGAUCCUGAGCCUGUGGGAGGCUCACCACCAGCACGCCGCCGACCUUGACUCCCUCGCCAGCGCCCUGGAGGAGAUUGGCAAGAUCCACUCGGAAAGCUCUCCAGAGGAGGGGGAGGAAGCGGAUUCUGACAUCAGUCACACAAAAGGUGGGGGCUGCAGUCUACACGGGACGUCCGAACUAACCAAUCAGGAGAGCGAGGACUCUGCUGCUGAGCACACAGGCUGACUGAGGACAAACGGACUGUCCGUGCAGCCGGUGAUGGACAACGCGCCGCCGUGGGGGCGAUGGGAGGUCAGGAGGUCGGGGGGGCAACGUGUGCAGUGACCUCCAGAGGCUGAGGCAGGCCAGCGCCUGCUGCUGAUCUGCCCUCCUCUUAUAGGAAACCCGUCCAUGGAUGGACUGUAAAUUCUUUUUUCGCUCCUUUGUAACUUAUUCUUUAGUUGUUCUUUUAUGGUGUGUAUCCAUUCCUUUGAGUGUACUUUUCUUUCUGAAUUGUGUUUUUUGCAGAAGGGAGACCCUUAUCACCUCUGGGUUCCCUGCAGUCACAGAGGAUAGACAUGUUUGCAGAGAAGCUCUUAAAUGCAGACAAGGUGUGAUUUUUGAGUCACCUGUCACCGCUCAAACAAGCUUUCUUUUUUCAUUUGAGCACUGAAUCCUUAAAGGGAAGCAGCUGAACGCUUAUAUGUUGUGAUAAGUAAGCCGUCAAAGACGGAUCUUAAAAAAAAAAAAGAUAUUUUAAAAGUUUCGUGAAAGUUUGGCACCUGUGGCACUUGAUGAUUUAUUGGAAGGGGAAAGAAAAAAAAAGAAAAAAUAUAUAUGUAUGUAUAUAUGUAUAUAUAUAUAUAUAUAUAUAUAUAUAUAUAUAUAUAUAUAUAUAUAUAUAUAUAUA